GUCAGUUGGUCAAGGUGUGUGUUUCGGGGUCUUUCUGAGUGUGAGCUUGACAAUCUUUGAGAUUAUCUCCUCCUACGGCCGUUCAAAGGAAAGGCCAUGGACAUGGCUUCUUUCCUAGUAGCUUUGGUGCAUUUGGCUCUGUUACCAUCAGCGUUGGGAGGUGCAUAUUAUGGACACAAACCACAUCCUCAACAACAUCAACCCUUACCACAGAUGCCUCACAUGGGCAUGGGAAAGGAUAUGUCACACAUGCCAUAUCCACAUUACAGAAAAGACCUUCCGAUGCACCUAAACAAAGGCAAAGAUAUCAAAGGUGAGACAAUUCCCAGAGGUGAGCAGGGUGUUCAAGGAGAGAUUGGACCGCAAGGGCCUCCUGGUUCACCUGGGCCCCAAGGACCUCCUGGGCCUCAAGGUAUUGGUAUUCAAGGCCCUCUUGGAAAGCCAGGACCUCCUGGCCCUCCAGGAUUUCCUGGAGUUGGUAAACCAGGAAUGCCAGGUAUGCCCGGGAAGCCAGGGGGUAUUGGGCAGCCUGGACAGCAAGGUGAACAGGGACCCAGAGGUGAAGAGGGACAACCAGGCAUGAUUGGGCCAUCUGGCCCUCCUGGACCCCCCGGCCUGCCAGGAAUAGGAAAGCCUGGUGGACAAGGAUUACCAGGACAGCCAGGGGCAAAGGGAGAGCCAGGACAUAAAGGUUUUCCUGGUCUCCCAGGGUUACCUGGCCCUAAAGGAGACAGAGGAAUUGGGCAACAAGGCCCACAAGGGCCAAAAGGUCCGAUUGGGCCACCUGGCCCCCCAGGGCAAGCAGGAUUACCGGGGAUUGGUAAGACUGGUCUUCCUGGUGUAGCAGGUCCCCCUGGUAUACCAGGAAAACCUGGAGAUCCUGGGGAGCCAGGUCCAGAGGGUCCGCCUGGUGGACAAGGCCUACAAGGACCACAGGGAACCCCUGGCAUUGGAGUUCCAGGAGAAAAAGGAUUACCAGGACAGCCAGGUACACCCGGCCACAAAGGAUUACAAGGACCACCAGGGUUGCCUGGGAAACCUGGAUUACCUGGAUUUGGCAAACCUGGAUACCCUGGCCCAAAGGGUGACAAAGGGAUGGGAGGGCUUCCUGGUCCUCAGGGACCAAAAGGAGACAAAGGUUAUGCUGGUCAACCAGGCAUGAUGGGUCCCCCCGGCCAAACCGGUCCUCUGGGGCCUCCAGGACCAAUGGGGGCACCAGGAGGAAUUGGUUCCCCAGGUCUAAAAGGAGAGGGAGGAGCAGAAGGAGCUAAGGGAGAUCCUGGACCAAUGGGGCAACCAGGCCCUCCUGGAUUUCCUGGUCAACCAGGCCUCCAAGGUGAAGAUGGAGAACCUGGGCUAAGAGGACCACCAGGAUCCAUAGGUCCUAAAGGAGAAGGAGGAAGCAGAGGUCUACCUGGUACACCCGGUCCAUCAGGCUUGCCUGGUCUUAAAGGAGAACCUGGUCAGCCUGGCCUCGAAGGACCACAGGGUCCUAAAGGUAUUCCAGGACUUGCAGGUCCAGGAGGACCAAUUGGGCCUCCUGGACCUUCUGGGCCAAAGGGAGAAGCAGGUUCACCAGGUCAAGCUGGUCCACCCGGUGAAGGCAUUGCUGGAAUCCCUGGUUCUGUUGGUCCAGCAGGUCCACCUGGCCCUAAUGGAUCCCCAGGUCAGCGAGGUCUCCCAGGUCCACCGGGUCCUCCUGGACCUCCAGGACCCCCACCUUCUCCAGACCUGAUGGGUGUUCUCCCUGAGAUGGGCCCUGCCAUAGAUGGUAUAAAAACUGGUGGGUACAAGAAAGGGAAGUAUGCAGGUGGGGGUGACAUUAUGGGUGCCAAUGGUCUAGAGAUGCCUGCUUUCACUGCCCAGCUGACCACACCAUUCCCUCCAGUUGGCACUCCGAUUGUGCUUGACAAAUUGCUGUACAAUGGGCGUCAGAAUUACAACCCUCAGACCGGUGUGUUCACCUGUGAACUCCCAGGCAUCUACUAUUUUGCCUAUCAUGUGCAUUGCAAGGGUGCAAAUGUAUGGGUUGGGCUCUACAGGAAUGGGGAGCCACUUAUGUAUACAUAUGAUGAGUACAAGAAGGGAUACCUGGAUCAAGCAUCUGGGAGUGCUGUGAUUCCAUUACAACCAGGAGACACAGUUUAUUUACAGUUACCAUCUGACCAGGCAGCUGGAUUUUAUGCAGGACAGUAUGUCCACUCCUCAUUCUCUGGCUUUUUACUGUACCCAAUGUAGAGCGCAAGAAUAAUUGAAAGAAUUUUAAAGACAAAAAGGGGAAGAAUGAACUGACAUUAAAAUGUUUGACUUAUUUAAAAUGUCCAUAUUUUCACAGGAAAGAAGAAGACUUAUAGAAACAGGUCCUUUAAACUCAACCUAACAAUAUAAAUCUACAGACUGUAUGAGUAUAUGCAAUGAUAAUUACAGUAUACUGUGUCUGUAAAGAUACAACUUGCCCAAAGACUCACAGAUUGUAGUAAGAAUAUUUAAUUCCAUACCACAAUUAAACAUAUUUUUGAAAAGAUUGUUUUUGUAACGUAUUUAUGUAUUUGUUUAAUUGGUGGUAUCCAACAUGAGUAUACAUGCUUUAAAAUGUUUAGAACAGUAUUUUUAAUGACGUUAAUAACUAAUGUAUUCGCUUUGAAUGAGAUGAG